AUGUGGCGGCUUCUAGGGGCAAUUCUCACCCUACUGACGGUCGGUGUUGGAUAUUUUCUGAAUCUGCUCUACAAGAAACGCAGAGAGUUUGAUGGACUGCCACAACCACCUCGACCGAGCACCUUUUGGGGCCAUCUCCCUCUUGCCGGGGAAUGCAAGAAAUUGUUUCCUCCAGAAACUCACGUACAGAACUGGGCAAACUACAUCAGGAAGAAGUUCGACCUUGGAGAUGUAUUCUACGUCGACUGGUGGCCAAUUGGUCCCCGAUGGCUUUUCAUUGCCGACCCUGAGCUGGCCUCGAAGUACGUGACGACCGGCCAGUCACUCCGCAAAUCCCACCUCACCACAAACUACCUCACCAAGCUCCUGGGACGUGACAACAUGGUUGGCCUCGAAGGUCGUCAAUGGAAGGUGUUGCGCUCCAUCUUCAAUCCCGGUUUCUCGGCGAGCCACCUCAUAACUUUGGUCCCGUUCAUCGUCGACUCGACCUUGGUGUUCCUCGACAUCCUUCGCGAAAAGGCCAAGACGAACGAACUCAUCAGCCUCGACACCUUCAGCACCCGGUACACGAUCGACAUCAUCGGCAAGAUCGUCAUGGACACCGACUUCCGCGCGCAGCUCGACCCGGAACCACACCCCAUCGUCACCACGUUCAGACGACAAGUCGACCUCAUGCCCAGCGCCAGUAGCAUCUCACCCCUGGACGACAUCAACCUCAAGCGCGAUGUGAAGGUGUGGCUGAACAUGCGCAAGUUGGACGCUCUCUUGGGCGCCGAAAUUGACAAGCGGGUCGCGGCACGCAACGCGGCAGCAGCAGCAGCAGCAGCAAACGCCGCCGGCAACGGCGCCGCCACCACGGCGGAGAAGAAGGGAUUCAAAGACCGCAAACGCUCCGUCAUCGAACUCGCCCUCGACGCUUACGACAAUGAAGCCGCGGACGACAAGUCUUCUUCCUCGGGGACCAUGAACGCGUCCUUUCGGACACUGGCCAUCGACUCGAUCAAGACCUUCAUCUUUGCCGGCCACGACACCACGUCCGCCACCAUCUCGUACACCAUGUACCUGCUGCACCUGCACCCGGAGGUCCACGCCAGGCUCGUCUCCGAGUUGGACGCCGUCUACGGCGGCACCCGCACCCACGGCGGCGGCGGCGGCGAUCCCGUCACCCCGGAAGAGAUCGCCGACAAGAUCAAAGCCGACCCCCACUCGAUCAACCGACUGGAGUACAUGACGGCGGUGAUCAGGGAGGUCCUCCGCCUCUUCCCGCCGGCCAGCACGCUCCGGGAGCUGUUGAGGCCCCAGGACGUCGCGGCGUCCAAGGACCGGUACAUCCACGACCCCAAGACGGGCAGGAACUACCCCCUCGAGGGCUUCCACGUGUGGCCGGUCGCGACCAUGAUCCACCGGAACGCCGACUACUUCCCGGACCCGGUCCGGUUCGUGCCCGAGAGGUUCCUGCCGUCGCUGACCCCCUACCCCGGCGCCAAGCUGCACACGCCCGCGGGCAAGGACGCGUGGAGGCCGUUCGAAAAGGGGCCCCGGAACUGCAUCGGCCAGGAACUCGCCAUGAUCGAGACGAAAAUCACCCUGGCCUUGGUGGCCAAGGACCUCGAUUUCACGGCCGAGUACGGCGGCGCCGAGGUCCACAGCUGGACCCCCGUCGAGACCAGGGACGAGUUCGGGGACGGAGUGCCGGGACACGAGAGGUUGACCAUCGAGGGCCACAAGCCGUACCAGGUCUUGCACGGGGCCGCCAGACCAAAGGACGGCAUGACGGGGAGGAUGAGUCUGAGGAGAAACAAAAGACACCCAAAGUGACAAGGAGAAAAUUACCUCCGAGUUUUGUCGAGGACAAUCUGCACCCAAAAAAGGACCAAGAGACGUGUACAAUUCAAACCUUUGAAGCACAUACGGAGUACAAACACAAGAAAAAAAAUAACAAUUCAAUAGCUACAGGCUAGCAAAAGCGUCCAGUCAGGUCC